AUGUUGGAUUUAGGACUGGCAUGUCUUUACUUUUGCGUGCGUGGCUGCGAUGGACGGCAUGGAGACAGCACGGGACGCAGACCACCAUCGCCCACACGACCGCUCGAGCGUUGUUUCCACGAAUCCGCGCUGCAAGCACCACAUCCCGCCGCAGGCACCCGGCACCCACGCCCACACCUCUGCUCUCUGUCUCUCUCUCUCCGGCUUCUCGACCCUCUAACCCAUCUCGAACCAAUCUCGAAUCUCGAAUCUCGAAUCUCAUCUCGAAUCUCAUCUCGAAUCUCAUCUCGAAUCUCAUCUCGAAUCUAG